GCAGCAGCUGCAGAGCGGCCAUCAUCGCUUAAUCCGCCCACUCCGUGACGACUUCGGCGCGUCGACGGCGAGAAAUCUCACAAAGACAAAAGACGACAAAUAUCACGCUAAGUCCACUCAAAACAAAUCCCGCUCGACAAACGCGCUGAAAUUUGUUGCUAUUUAAUGCGCCGUCGUGACGGAUGUCGGCGGAUUGCGUUCGCUUUGCCCGGCUGCUGUUGGGGGUUGUUCCCCAAAUUGACUACGUAACGAGGUCGGCCAUAUUGGGCCUAACACUGCAGCAACCGUGCCGUGUAAGACGUUAACCAUUGCCGAUACACAGCAAGACGCACAGAUGAAAGGCAGCCUGCAGGUGCUCCACAGGCUCGCGGGCCACCAGGACAGAGCGUGGUCGGUGGCGUGGAGCCCCGGUGGAGCUCUGAUCGCCAGCUGCGGGGGAGACAAGACGGUGCGAAUUUGGGGCAGGGAAGGCGAUGGCUGGGUGUGCCGCUCGGUUCUGGCCGACGCUCAUCAGCGCACGGUGCGCAAUGUGGCUUGGUCUCCCUGUGGGACCCGCUUGGCCUCUGCGAGUUUCGACGCUACCACUUGUGUGUGGAGCCGACGCGACGGUGAUUUCGAGGUGACUGCGACUCUGGAAGGACAUGAGAAUGAAGUCAAGGGCGUGGCCUGGGCUCCAUCAGGAAACCUGCUGGCCACUUGCAGUCGUGACAAGAGUGUCUGGAUUUGGGAAGUGGACGAAGAUGAAGACUACGAAUGCGCAAGCGUUCUCAACUCGCACACGCAGGACGUCAAGCACAUUGUCUGGCAUCCCAACAGCGAGGUGCUGGCAUCGGCAAGCUACGACAACAGCAUCCGCCUGUACCGCGAUGAUGGCGACGACUGGAUCAGCUUUGCCACGCUGGAGGGGCACGAGUCGACCGUGUGGAGCAUCGACUUCGACGCGACCGGGCGCCGCCUGGUCUCCUGCGGCGAUGACAAAACCAUACGCAUCUGGCAAGAGGGCGCGGCUACCAGCUCGGGGGUCGGCGCCACGUGGGAGUGUGUGUGCACCCUCUCUGGCCAUCACACACGAGUCAUUUACGACGUCUCUUGGUGCAAGCUCACGGGCGCCAUAGCGACAGCCAGCGGAGAUGACACCAUCCGAGUGUUUGAGGAGGAGGCUGUGCCAGAAGGCGACGGGAAAAGCCCUCGGUUCUACGAAGCCGCGUGCGUUCGCAAAGCGCACGACCGGGAUGUGAACUGCGUGGCGUGGAGCCCCAGUGUCCCGGGGCUGCUGGCGUCGUGCGGCGACGACAGGGUGGUGGCGAUCUGGCGCUAUGCGAGGGACAGCGCGGCGAGCGAGGCGUGACGGCUGCGUCUGCACUCACAUCUUGAGAGAAAACUCGGAUCGUUUACUGUCGCCUAAUCAAUUGAAAUUUGACACGCCCGCUGAAGCUCGGUGGUGGUUUUGUUGCUACCGUGCCCAUCGCGCACACUUGUACACACGAUGUCUGCAAAGCGGCGAUAGGUAUUGGGGGGGGUUCGAUUUUUAUUCUGUGCUAUGAAAUAAUAGUGGAGUUGGCUGGUGCUUUCGAGCAUGCAGACACCAGGUGUGCCAUGGCCAAACCGACUACAACGGAGUGCACAUUGAGCCCUCCAGAGUCGUUUUUGUUUGCUUUGUGGUCCCCGAGAGAAUGAAUAUCAUGCGCCGGAGACCGGCAUCAGCCAAAUGGCAGUGUGGUCUCAAGCUUGCGUCAUCAUGGCUUGGUGUUGUUUGAGACUGUGCAGUUAAGUAUUGCGAUACGUGGUCUUUUGCAGUCAUUUCCACACCAACGGCAAAGGAGAUAAUACGACUUAUAAAGAAUAAUAUAAAUGUGUUUCACUCUGGCCAAAUUACCUUCUACAGGCUAACACAUUAAAUGUGUGCAUGUUCACACCCAUGUGCAAAUAAUGUCACUAAACACAACUGGGUAUACAGCCACAACAACUUACUCGAAAUAGACCAGGAUAAAACUAUUGAAUAAGCAGAUGAAUAACAAAUGCUUGGGAGUGUUUUGUGGGGAAAUGAAUUUGAGAAUAAAAAGCAACCGUGAUUUGCCUAUGGUGGACAUUUACUAUUAGGCACAUUGCAUACAGUGACCUUAAAGAUCAUAGACCUCGACAAUGACAAAAGGGAACAAGUACUUAAAGUACACACAUAACAAUGGAAAGAUCCAUGCUGCACGUUACACAGAGAGAGAAAGCGAAACAUGGAUCAGGGGAAUGCGCAUCAGUCAUCGGUGACCUUUAAGAAAAAUGCGCUUGGGCAUUGCACGUUGCGAGAAGGGUUGAUCGUCAGUGGGCAAGGCUGAUGACAGAGUGGCAGCCCAGAGGAGGGAUCUUGCCUGGGAAAGCAACCAGCAGAGAGAUGGGGCGAUGAGAUUCGCUCAUGUGGAGGGAGUGAGAUGGAUUGUAGUAUCUCGGGACUAAAGGGGGUGGGAGGCCUUCAUCUAGCAGUAAACAAAACAUGGCAGAUGGUGACAUUGUUUAAAAAGUACUGUCCCCCCCCCCAAAAUAAAAGCAAUGCAUGUC